AUGAGUACUAAGCUGAAGCAGCAACAUAAUAACAUGCCGGAUGCAUAUUCAAUUGUUACUCAUUUACAAGAGUUGUAUGGUGAGCAAAGUCAAAGUGCUAGAUAUGAGAUAUCUAAAGCAAUCUUUCGGGCAAAGAUGUCUCCUAGAGGAUCAGAUGGGGACUAUGUUCUCAAAAUGAUCGCUUGGAUGGAUAAGUUGAAGGAAUUGGAUGUUCCGAUGCAUCAAUAUCUUCAAAUUAAUGCGAUUCUUCAGUCUUUAUCAGAUUCGUUUAGGAGUUUUAUUUCAAACUUCUAUAUGAACAAUAUUGAGUGCUCUCUUACAGAGCUUAUGUACAUGUUAAUAAUAACCCAGGGCAACAUGGAGACAGGCACUGUGAUGGCCGUGUCUUCUUCUAGUAAGACUAAGAAGGGGAAAGGGAAAAAGAAGGCCACCCAGGCAACCAAAGGGAUUAACAAGAAGAAGGGAAAAACUAUCGCCAAAGGAAAAUGUUUUCAUUAUGGCAAAGAUGGGUACUAG